CAUUCAAUAAGGUGCCACAUAAAAUGUUACUGCGUAAAAUAAGAGCUAAAUUUAAAUGAAGAUUGCAUGCUGCCUGCUUUGGAAGCAAUGGGUACGCACGGGUUGAUUGUCAAUUGUUAUCCGUACACCUAUUUUCAGGGACUAUUGAGUUUUGAUCUCUGGCUCAUUUCCCCCUCUGGUACAUUUACACCAUAAACUUUUUCUGCUCGUAGUCAAAAGCCCUCUAAAUCAGCUGGCCAAAACUACAGAAGGAUUCAUAGGUAUAAUCUACCAAAGAGGGACUAAUUUUGUGGAACAUUUACACCAUUGGCUUUCCAUUGUUUGAGCUAACUCCCACUGCUGAAUCGUUCUGAUUUUUAGGGCUUGUAUCGAACAUUCACGAGGGAAGUACAUGCAUCUUGCAACCAGUCAAGGGUGGACAGGAAGUCGUCUGCUCUGCAGAUCUUAAAUAGCAGUGUGUGCCACUCACUUUGGGCUGAUUUACAUUCUGCAUUAAACAACACAGGGUAAAGCUGUCUGCUAAAGGAUAGCCAGAAUGGUGGUAUUUCAGGCAAGGUGCAUCAAAUAUUGUCUCAUCGUACUCAAUCUGUUAUUCUCACUGCUGGGACUCGUCAUUUUGCUACUGGCUUUUUGGUUUCGUUUUGAUGAAAGGACAAAGAGUCUUUAUGAAGUUGCUAAACAUGGGGAGAAAUUCAUUAUUGGUAUUUAUGCCAUGUGGGCAGCGGGAGGCUUGCUGCUGGUUGCCGGUUUCACAGGAUACUUUGCUGUAACUCGGGAAUCAAAGUGUUUACUGUGGGUUUAUCUUUCAAUUAUCGUGCUGUUAUUUCUGGUUGAAAUGGCCAUCGCCAUCUGGGCAUUUGCGAGAAAGGAUGAGGUCAUUAAGCAGUUGCAGGAUGCCUACUCUGGGACCAUUGACGUGAGCAGAGAAGAUGAUUUUGACUUUAAGUGCAUAAUGAACACACUGCACAAAACUUUGGACUGCUGUGGUUACAAAGAUAAAUCAGGUGACAUAAGAGGAUGUACUUCCCAAUAUAAGGACUGUCUAGAAGCCAUCGAAGGAAUCAUCAACUCCAAACUUCACAUCUUUGCUGCAAUCGCUUUCGGCAUUGCCCUCAUUACAGUCUUUGGGAUAAUCUUCACGAUUCUGUUGCAACGAUCUAUCAAACCAUCUGGUGUAGUCUGACCAUCAGAAUGUCAGACAUCAAAGUGCCGUUUUCAAACAUGUUUCCUUUUUAUAACACAAGUGCUAUUUUUUAAAAAAAAUUUACAAGUCCGGUCGUUAAUUUCCAUUUACGAAUUGUGCUUAUUUUUGGUGAAAGGUUACUUUCAUUGUAGGGGAUUGUUCUGCAUUUCUAUCCCCUCCUGCACUCUGCUAUGAGUUCCAUAGAGACUAAACGCUUCUUAAAAGAUUCAAGUUAUUAGCUGAAAGAAUGACAUGGUGGGAUUUUACAUUUUAAAAUUUUUAUUGUAACAAGUUACUAAAAUAAAACACUAUUGACCCUAAA